GCUUUGCACCAGCCUUAAGGGCAUCCAAACCCUAAAGAAUGUUGUUUAUGGAAAAACUACAUUCGAGGAAGGGAUAUGUGCAAUUGACGAUUCCGUUGACGAUCUUAUAAAGAAACUCCAGUCGCUUCGUCAUAUUAAAGGUCAAUUAUCUUAUGAUCUGGACUUAUAUGCGUUCAACGUAGAAAUUUCUUGCUCAAUCCAGGAUUUAAUUCGUGGUUCUCCAUUUAUGCCAAGUUUGAUCCCGAUAGAGUUACACUUGUUCAAAAAAAUAUAUGAUGAGCGCGGUAAGGAAACUCAUCGUGGCGCCACUUUCUCCACCAAAUCUAGCCCCUCAGGCUGGGGAGGUGAUUGUUCAGAUCGUGGAAGACACAACCGCCUACACUGGUUCUGUUGUAGAAAAUUCAAGCGCCGAGCCAUGCGUCGAGGAUGACAGGAAAAGUUGGUCUGAUGUCAUGGAUACUAGUGCUUGUGCUAGUGCUCGAGUUGUUGAGUCAACUUACAAGUUUGAGUGCCUACCCGAACAGUGCCCCGAUGGUGUUCCUCUGAUUGUGACUGAUCAUGCCCCUACAAAUGGUGUUAAUGGAGACAACCAUUGGCGAAGCCUCUCUAUCCUGAAGAAAGUUUCCCCAGGCAACAAUGUGAUUUUUUCUGGAUGCACAAAGGAAUUUGAGACGAGAUCUAUUGAGGUUAUUGUCUUUUGUGGUUCUAAAUGUUUUACGCAAGAGGACAUCGUUUUUCAACCAUUGGUUACAUGGAGCAGUUUUCUUCAUACUGAUGGUGCUUUGGAUCCCACACAUUCUUUUGGUGCUCCAAGGAUCAAGGUGUUUGACCCCGGAGGAUGUAUGGGAAUUCUUGAUCAUCUUUCUCACAGAUUUGAUUGCGCCACCGGCCGCUCCCGCCACUACAAAAACAACCGCCGGCAACUUCAGACGGUGGAGGUUCGGGUGAAGAUGGACUGCGAGGGGUGCGAGAGGAGAGUGAGGAGGUCGGUGGAGGGAAUGAAGGGGGUGACCUCGGUCCAGGUGGAGCCCAAGCAGCACAAGCUCACUGUCGUGGGCUACGUCGACGCGGACAAGGUGGUGGCCCGGGUGGCUCGCCGCACCGGCAAGAGGGCCGAGAUUUGGCCCUACGUGCCCUACGGGGUGGUGGCGCACCCCUACGCCCCCGGGGUGUACGACAAAAAGGCUCCGGCGGGGUACGUCCGCAGGGAGGAGGAGCUGGCCCGCGCCUCCUCCGCCGAAGUCCGUUACACCGCCGCCUUCAGUGAUGAAAACCCCACUGCAUGCGCUGUCAUGUGAUGAUAUAUGUAUUAUCUUCUUCUCAUUUUUCAUUGGAUUAUUAAUUAUGGAGUACUAAUUAAUUAGACGAUGUGUU